GAGAGGCUUCUGCCCAGGAGGAGUGGUAGUGGGGGCAGGCGGUAGUGACCGGAGGAGGGCGCUGUGCUGCAAGGGGAAACUUUUUUUCUCGGUGCGGCAGGUAGGAGAUCGCAUGGAUUCCUGUAGGAUGGAUACACAGCGGAGCCCUUAUAUGUGACUGUCGCCUGUCACAUUGUAUCAGUGCCUGAGAGACACAGCGACCCCCGCACUGGAGCCGGUGGAUCGCGGUACUGCACACCUGUGCACGCUACUUGGGGGACACGUCGUGGUGGGGUGCAGCCCAUGUUGAAUCUGGAUCUCCGCUGGCUCAACCAAGUCCUGCCCGCUACCGAUCCGCCUCCACCCCCGGCUUGGGGAGACCCUGACUCGCCUCCUCCCUCUGCUGAAGCUUUCCCUGGGGCUUUGUUCCUUCCUGUCCCGCAGUGGCUCCCAAGUGCUGCUGCUGCUGCUGCGGUGGUGGUGGCGGUGCUGGCGGCGGCUCCUCCACCCAGCCGGCCCCCCUGGACCCGGAGAACGGGGGUUCAGCUGGCCCGAGCCCGAGGGCACUGAAAGCUGGACGGAUCAAGAGGAUGGUGCGGCUGGCAGCGGAGCUCCUGCUACUGCUGGGACUUGUGCUACUUACACUGCACAUCACUGUGCUGAGAGGGAGUCCUGCCAGCCCUGCCAAUGUCAGCAGCCAGCACCAGAAUGGGGAGUCCUCUUCAGAAUCAAGCUUUCCAUUCUACCAUGGUGAGAGACAAGAAUAUCUUGAGGACCAGGCGACACGCCGGUCUCUUCCCAAACAUCAUCUUAUGACCAAUGGACACUCCUCUUUACAAAGAGAUGGACCGGGCUCAUUCCUUUUGGAUCUUCCAAACUUUCCUGACCUGUCCAAGGCAGAUGUAAACGGACAAAAUCCAAACAUUCAGGUUACAAUUGAAGUAGUUGACGGAGCAGACGCAGAGCCGGAAAAUGAAAUGCCAAAGGACAACAAGCCCAGCUGGCCAGUUCCAUCACCGGACUGGAGGAGUUGGUGGCAGAGGUCAUCAACAUUACCCAGGAUAAAUUAUGGAGGCCAGGAUUACAAAUAUGACAGCACCACUGAGGAUAGCAACUUCUUAAACCCUCUGAGUGGGUGGAAUAGACAAAUUCCCAGUCACCGUACACUUGAUUUGAAAGAACAGCCAGAGUAUGAUUACGCAGAUGGAGAAGGAGACUGGAGCACAUGGUCUGUGUGCAGCGUUACAUGUGGCAGCGGAAACCAGAAACGUACCAGAUCCUGUGGAUAUGCCUGCACAGCCACAGAGUCCCGAACGUGUGAUAUGCCAAAUUGUCCUGGAAUUGAAGACACGUUUAGAACGGCAGCAACAGAAGUGAGUCUCCUCGCUGGGAGCGAAGAAUUUAAUGCUACAAAGUUGUUUGGAGUUGAUACUGACAGUUGUGAACGUUGGAUGAACUGCAAAAGUGAAUUCCUCAAGAAGUAUAUGCAUAAAGUAGCCAAUGAUCUUCCAAGCUGCCCUUGCUCAUACCCUACAGAAGUAGCCUACAGCACCGCUGACAUAUAUGACCGUAUUAAAAGGAAGGAAUUUCGUUGGAAGGACGCAAGUGGUCCGAAGGAGAAACUUGAGAUUUACAAGCCAACAGCCAGAUACUGCAUACGGUCAAUGCUUUCUUUGGAGAGCACAACUCUAGCUGCACAGCACUGUUGUUUCGAUGACAGCAUGCAGUUAAUAACCCGGGGUAAAGGUGCAGGUACCCCGAAUCUGAUCAGCAUAGAGUUUUCUGCAGAACUACAUUACAAAGUAGACAGAUUACCAUGGAUCAUGUGCAAAGGUGACUGGAGUCGGUAUAAUGAUGUGCGACCUCCAAACAAUGGACAAAAAUGCACGGAGAACCCCUCAGAAGAAGACUAUUUAAAACAGUUCCAAGAAGCUCAAGAAUUCUAGACAUUCGUUAUGGUAAAAAGAUAUUUAUAGCAGGAUUGAGUCACCAUUUUACAGCUAGUCUUGUGUACUGUGGGAUGUACAAGACUAGUACAAGUACCUACCUUGUUUGUAACCAAUGUGGAUACAUGCCUGUAUCUAGAUUACCCUAGGCUUCUCUAUAAACAUUUUUGGCAGAUAGCAAUUUUUUACUUUGGUCCCGUGAAUUAUUUUCCAUAAUGAAAUUUUGCUUUAACCGACCAUGUUAAAGUUGGAGCUCUACAAAGACAACAUUAGCAGCUUUUGGUUAUGGUAACUUGAUCAGCUACCAUUACUUGCUGCUGCAAAGACUGCUUUUGAUGCUGCUGCAAUGGCCAGAUAGUCCUCCAAUUUCUCUAUGAGAUUAAUCGUUGGUAGCCCUAGCUUUAAGGACUACAUGGGCAGUUCAUAUAAAUGGCCCAUAAAGCCCCUUUUUUGCCCCUGCAAAAAAAUCUGGUUAAUAGAGCUGUAUCCCGUUCACACC